AUGAACAAAUGCCGUCUGACACAAACGAGUCAAAGACCUGCAGGUAUCUUCAGGAAUUUAUUUGAACAACAAGCAAACGAUAUAAGAGAAUUUUCUGCUUAUGUUCUUCAGAUUGAUUUUUGUUUUACUCAAACACUAAUUACAGAACUCAAAGCAGAGGCUACAAUUAGGAAGCAUUUGCUAUUCCAUUGGAGUAAACUUUCGACUCAAGUUUGCUCACAUAAAUUUACUCGUGCUGCUACUGUUAGUGAAGAUAACUAA